AUGGCGAUUCCGUGGGAUUCCAUCCGCUCCCUCGUCAUCUUCUUCGGUCCCAUGCUCCUCCCCAAGGCCAUCUCGUACUACCGCUCCUUUCGCAACGGCUCGAGCUCCCACCGAGUCCCCAUCGUCCCCGUCCCGCCCCGCGUCCGCGUCGCACUCGGUCUCCUCGCCUUCCUCUCCUUCACAUACAUCCUCAAGUCGCUGCCCUUCCUCGCGCCUGAGAACCUCUUCCAGGCGACGCAGAGUCGUCUGCAGAUCCCCGUCGAUGUUCUGUUCAACCGUGUUGCUGCUGGAAGGCCUGGGAACGCCUUGACGAAGCAGGAUGAGGCGCUGCGCAUGAGAUUCGUCAACCUCGAGAGCAGACUGUUAUACAUUCAGUAUGGACCCGGGGUGCUGGCCGACUGUCCCUUCUGCCACUCCGACGACCCGAGAACAUUCUUCUACUACGCCAUUCCCCAGCUCGUAUGGCCUCACCUCGCCAACCUCGUCGCCGUGGCCGUCGUAACGAGCCCCUCCUUCACAGGCAAGGCAGGCAAUCAAUGGCGGGCUAAAGCUACGAUGGUAGCCGCUGCCAUUGCUGCUCUUGACAUUUACUUUGUCAACUCUUACAACUAUCAAGCCAACGCUCGCGCGCUCCGCCUACCAGAGGUUGACUUUUUCUUCUGGACAUCCCGUGCUGCGCGUCUAGUUGCCCUCGCGGCCUUCAACGCCGCCCUUGCAUGGCUGCUUUACCUGUCCUCAACCAACAGGGCCUUCUCCGAGCCCCCCUCGGCCGUUGAGCGUAUCGAGUCAACGUCCCGCGCUCUGCUAUCUGUAAAGAGCAAGCUCAGUGCACUGGGAAUAGUAAAGAACACGGCGCUGCGCGACGAAGAACUUCGCUCGCGUAGCCACGCCUACUGGUCCCACGAGGUGCGCCUCAUGGGCGAGGUCAUGGAGGAGAGGGACGUGGUGGAGGGCGUCAACGAUGCGCUGAGCAACCGUAUCGACAUUGGCACUAUCACAAGGGACGCAGAUGCAUAUGCGCAGAAUGUGUUGCAGCCAUUGCAGCAAGAGCCGGCGGAUGAUGAUAGUGAUAGCUAG